AUGUUUCAUAUCGAUGGAAACAAAAUUCUAAGGUUGAUCGACAAACUUAACUUGGAUAAUAUUCUAAAAUAUCUUAGUUUUCAUAAGCAUUUAAAUGGAAUAUGCAUCCUCCUCAAGCCAAAUGAUUCGCGUACAACUAUUGUAUUUAGAUUUUAUAUUCAAGAGUUAUUAGCACAUCUUCAUAAAAGCGCAAAGGACAAUAUUGUGUUUUGCUUCACCAAUGCUAGGGGAACAUUUUAUCGUCCGGGUGAUACUUUUCCGCCACUCAAGAAACAUUUAAAAGAGCUUCAGGAUCGAUUUGGUGUCGAAAUCAAAAUUAAGCAUGAUACAGUGUACUGUUUUGAUAGCGAAUCAUUUAGAUUUCUGGCAGCACUCAAAGAUAAAGUUAAAUUCCACAAAGAAGAGGAAAAAAGUUUUGCGGAGAGCUGGAAAAGAUCUGUGAAUGAAGCAAUGAGACUUCUUGAAUAUAUAUCAAAAUGUCCACCACACAACAUCAAAGACACAUUAUCACUAAAUGAAUCCAGAAAUAUCGUAAUAAUCCUUACCAAAUUACUUGCAGAAAUGUCACAGCUCAUCGAGACAAAUAUUGAAUUAAUCAAAAUGCAACAGACGGAAAUAAAAAACAUCAACGAGAUUAUGAAUGAAGAAUGCGUCAAAUGCGUCAAAUACGUCAAAAGAAUACGAACCGAAGAACAAAAUAUCUACAAAAUAGACUACAUAACACAUUGUCAUCCACACUGCAAUUGUACUGGAGCACAACACUCCUUUAUAAACAAAGCAGCUUUGAAAGAAUGUGUAGCGAUAAAUUCAAAUGGCUAUUGCGGUUAUUGCAAGUGCCAUUGGAGCAAACAUAUGCAUAUUAGAUAUGAGACUAAAACAGUAAUAAAAAAUAUCCUUGAUCCAAAAAUAAAGAAGCAAAUAUAUGAAAAUAAAACCGAUCAAGAAAGAAAGCAAGCGAUUGUAGAACAAUCUGAAGUAAGAUGUCAACAGCUAGAAAAAGAAAAGGAAACAAUGGAAAAAAUUAUUCAAAAAUUAGCUCAAUUUUUGCGAGAAAAUGCGAUAAUUCCUUUUAAUGAUGCAUACGUUGAUUAUUUGGAUCUUACUAUAAUUGAAGAAAAACAAGAUAUUACUCAGCUCGAACAACAAUUAUACGAAUUACCAAUCAACGGAGAAUUUCUGAGAAAAGCAAAACAAGCACCAGAACGAGAUGAAAAUAACGCGUUUAAACAUCGUAAAAUCACAUCAGGGCAAAAUCUAUACUAA